GCACUACUGCUGCGGCUGUUCGUGCAUGUCUUGCGUGUCUUAUGUAAGGGUUUGUGGCUGCGUGUUUACUUGAAGUUUCUUCUUUCUUGAAUGGUUUGAGAAUAUAGGAGAUUCUUUUACAAUGAUUCGGUAGUCCUAAAAGUAAAGAAAACGACAGAAUACAGCAUGGCAUCAGCUGCACUGAGCUACGCAAUGGAUGCCUGUAUCCUCUUCAGGUGUCAUUUACUUGAAUUGUAUCGACCUGUACAUGUUGCAAGAUGGCUCUCCACUCAGCGGAAUCUCACGCCUUGUCACUCUUCAAACUUUAACCAAGUUAUCAGAAGAAGACAUACUUUAAGUGAGAUAGGAUUGGGCAACCAAAGAAGCACAACCAAGGAAAGGCCACUUCUUGCAAGUCACUACCAGCAGAGAACUUUAAAUAGACUUUUGGGGAUGCUGUCUGAAGAUGCCAUUCUUGACCAGAUUUCAUCCAUGACAAAUCCUACGGAGGUUCUUAAUCUAACGAGUCGCCUCCGCUCUCGGCUGACACAUGUUCACAUUUACCACGCCUUCAAUCAUAUCUGGCAACUUUCUAAAGCCUACAGUGGCCCCGAGCAUCGAAGCUUCAUCAAGGCUGUUAGGGGCCAUCCUGAAUUCAACGCACUCUGCGUUUUAGCAGAGAACAAAGUGAAAGAAGUUGAGAGUGGUCUUCUCGUGGAUACAUUCUACGCAGCUGUAAGACUCAUGCCCGAUAUCUUUCAUCCGUUUGUACAAGAGCUUCGUACUGAAAUCUUCUAUCGCCUAGAUGAGCUUGGAACUGAUGGCUUGUCGAAACUAGCUGUCGUACUUAACGAUAUCAGAGAUAAUCGGAGUCCAAUGUUUGGGGAAGUCCUUCGACAGUUUCUUGCAAAACUACGUCAAGUGGACGACAUCCGUGAGUUGUCUGCCUGGAUGAAGGAGAUGAUUCACCUCAUAGCCCCAGAUGAUAGGACGCUCAUCUACAAGAAGGCCAGCCAGCUCUUGACCAAAGGGAACCCAAAUGAAAUCGGCGACAGCAGCCUCCGGAGAAUCAUUCAGAGUCUAGCAAAAGGAAGAGAUGUGAAUAUGCCUCUCUUAAAUCAAUGUUCUCAACUCUUGUUACAAAUGGUGGAUGGCAUCCACAUUAAGGAGCUAUGUAUCAUUCACAACGUGCUGGGGUUCCUGAACUAUGAAAACCAGGAACUCAAUAAAGCCAUCAGGAAAUCAAUCUUCAAGAAACUCCCGGAUUGUCAGGAACCAGCGGAUCUUGCCUUCGCAAUGGAACAGGUUGGAGGGUUUGCCUCGGCCAAUGUUAAACUUCUCCUUACGGACAAAGCAGAGGAGGUUGUUUCAGAACUGAAACCUUUCGCCAUCAGUAAUAUGUGCGCGGGCUUACGCAUGAUGGGUUACCGUGCCCAGAGCCCAUUGGUGCCUAAACUGGUACAAAGAAUCAGAGAAGAAGUCGACAACCUACAGGUUGAAAGCAUCUCAAGCAUCCUGGAGUUCUUAGUCCGAGUAGAUGGUGUUGAUCCAGAGGUCUUCAUCGUUCUUCAAAAGCGACUGAUGACUAUUCUUCACUUUGCUUUUUCUCCCGGCAGAGUUUUGAAUGUCAUUUAUUGUCUGUCUUUUCUGCCAGAUGUGGACAAUCUUGAUCCUUCUGUCCUAAAACGCAUACGAAGUAGUAUGCCACAGCUACAUAUAGCAGGCAUCAACCAGGUGCUGUUAUCCACGAGCAAGAUGGCUCGCAAGUUGGUCAAGACGGAGGGACUAAGUUCGGAGUUUAAGGAGAUACGCCAAGAGCUGUUUGACAAAGCACAGGCCUCCAUUCAUGAGAUUACAAGUAUCCACUUCCUCAACAACAUUGUGGAUAUCAUUCUACAAGAAGGUGGCCAUGUUUUGGUCUUAGAUGCCGCUAUGAAGCAAUUCAAGCAUAUCCUACAUAGAUUGACCCCUCAACUCUCUGUGGACUGCGCAAGGAAUCUCUUCAAAGCAAGGUACUUCCAGAGAGAGUUACUGGACGCCAUGGCUGAGGUAGCGACUGAGAAAAUCCACAAGAUAACCCCCAUGCAGAUACUCUACAUCUUAAGUCCGUACUGCACUCUGAACUACCUGCCGCCCAACGCCCAAGACUUCUUUGCUGCCUGUGUCUCUCGUUGUGAACCUUUCUUGGACAGCCUUCCAGCGGGGUAUCUCGUGGACCUCACCCACAUCCUGACCUUCCUUCAACAGUUCCCAGAAGUAUUCAUCCGGAGGAUUUUCAGUCUUGACUUUCUGACGAAACUGGAUGAAGAGUUAGAAACAAUCCCUGAUCGUAGUUUGAUGUACCGUCGUAAGCUGAUGUAUUUAAAUCGGACAGUCGCCCUGGAGUGUCCAGAGUUACAAGUCCCCUGGUUUCACGAACAGUUCAACCAAGAUCUACUCAAGAAACGGUCACUGAGCUUUGACCCCUCGUUGAGGUCAGUACAGACGACCCUUGUUGAGGUUUUAGGAGGUGCACAGUACCUACGCUCCUUUGUUGUGUCACCCUACUACUAUGACAUAUCAUUUGAAUGUGUGUUAGACAGUGACGGUCACCCAUUAGCCUGUGCUGACUACGGUAGCGUACUGAACCGCUCUGGGGAGAAGGUUGCCAAUAGCAUGCUAGCUGAUCUAAUGCAGUGGGGUACCCAGACUAAACAGCUUCCUCAGGGAGCUCAGAGGGUUGCCAUUGACUUCCUGCCCAGUUCUUUAUUCUGCCUCAACUCCAGACAUAACCUUGGAAUGGUCGUGAUGAAACAACGUCAUCUAGAACUCAUGGGCUACAGAUAUGUCCAGAUCCCCCACUUUGUUUGGAGUUCCCAAGCUCUGGCCGAACCAGUAGAGAAAGUAGAAUACCUCCGUCAGCUGAUCUUCUUCCCGGAAGCCGAUAAAGAAGAAGACUUGAUGGCAAGAGGAAGUAAGAUCUUGACCGGACAAGUCAAGGCUAAACUACCGAGGAACUUUGGCAUCAAAGAGGAAGGAUUGCUUGAAGACGAGAUGGUCCUUAAAGUGCUUCAUACUCUGGACAGGUUCAGAUGAGAGUCAAUGGACUUUACUAAAAGAGUGGAUUCAAAAAAAAAAAAUUGAGAAUUGCCCAACUCAUAAGGCCAGCGGCCACUUCAAGGUGAAGGCUACACUUAACUGAUUUGGGCACAAGGAUGUAGGCAUUGGCGUCAUCCACUAAAAGCCUGGAUGGUAGAGCAGAAUGCAUUACCUUCCCAACUUUUUACACUGCUAAAGGGUACAAGUUUCAUGACUUGGAAUCGAAUCUGCGCUCUGCUGCUGAGUUUACCUCUGCUGGCACAUUGUUCCCUACUCCUGGGGCCGAAACAAGGUUACCCCCUUCACAGUCUGUGAGGAUACAUGGAUUGGUAUUAUCCACUAUGAGCCUGGCUGGUAGAGCAGAAUGCACUACCUUCCAAUAUUUACAAAGCAGUCAUGUUUCAGUGCCUUCCUCAAGGGCACAAGUUUCAUGACCGGGAAUCGAACCCACACUCUACCGCUGAGUACACAGGGCCCAAUUUCAUA